CUUCCUGUUACGUUCUCUUUCUUUCACGCGUCCCUACCGUGAGGUGAAGUUUCUACCUUGUCUUUAAACCGGCUUCUAACCGAUCCUUGGAAGCACUGCCAAGAUGCCCAGGGAAGACAGGGCCACGUGGAAGUCCAACUAUUUUAUGAAAAUCAUCCAACUGCUGGAUGACUAUCCUAAGUGUUUCAUCGUGGGCGCGGACAAUGUCGGCUCUAAGCAGAUGCAGACGAUCCGUCUGUCCUUGCGUGGCAAGGCUGUUGUCCUGAUGGGCAAAAACACCAUGAUGCGCAAAGCCAUCCGUGGACACCUCGAGAACAACCCUGCUCUGGAGAAACUGCUUCCCCAUAUCCGUGGGAAUGUCGGUUUCGUCUUCACGAAGGAGGAUCUGACCGAGGUCAGGGACAUGCUGUUGGCCAAUAAGGUGCCAGCUGCUGCCCGUGCCGGUGCCAUCGCCCCCUGUGAGGUGACAGUGCCAGCCCAGAACACUGGUCUGGGACCUGAGAAGACCUCUUUCUUCCAGGCUUUGGGCAUCACCACCAAGAUCUCCAGAGGAACCAUUGAAAUCUUGAGCGACGUGCAGUUGAUCAAGCCUGGAGACAAGGUGGGUGCCAGCGAGGCCACGCUGCUGAACAUGCUGAACAUCUCGCCCUUCUCCUACGGGCUGAUCAUCCAGCAGGUCUACGACAACGGCAGCGUCUACAGCCCUGAGGUGCUGGACAUCACCGAGGACACCCUGCAUAAGAGGUUCCUGGAGGGUGUGAGAAACAUCGCCAGCGUGUGUCUGCAGAUCGGCUACCCCACGCUCGCCUCCAUCCCUCAUUCCAUCAUCAAUGGCUACAAGAGGGUAUUGGCUGUCGCCGUAGAGACGGACUACACCUUCCCAUUGGCCGAGAAGGUGAAGGAAUAUCUGGCUGACCCCUCUGCCUUUGCUGCUGCAGCUCCUGUUGCAGCCGCAGCCGAGGACACGUCAGCUGCAGCUCCUGCAGCCGCCGAGCCGGCCAAGGAGGAGUCUGAGGAGUCGGAUGAGGACAUGGGUUUCGGCCUGUUCGACUAAACUGCAGAGAGAUCACCACUUCCUGCUGAUAAACAAUAAUAAAAACAACAUCUUGAACCACA